GGCCAGUCCCGCCCUCGGGGAUGACGCCACCAGGCCUCGGCUUGACAGGCAGGUACGGCUUGGGGGCCGCCAUGUUGGGAGCGGAAGCGGAGUGAGUAGCGGCGGCGGCAGUAGUAGCAGUAGCCCUGCUGGACGUCGGGAGGUUGGCUCUGCCCGGCAGCGGCUUCUUCCGAGCCCAGUUCUCUCCGUCGCCCGCGCGUGGGCAGCUCUGCCUCGUCCUCCGCCCCCAGUGCGGGGGUUGGGAGCGCGAGUGUCCCGGCAGUGCCCUCGCCUUGGCCAGCAGGAGGAGGAAUCCUGACCCGGAGCCUGAGCGAGAGACUGUGGGGCAGCGGCGGCGGCUCCAGGUGGGGGGAGCUCGGAAGUUAAAGCGGGAAGAUGCCGUUAGCGCAGCUGGCGGACCCCUGGCAAAAAAUGGCUGUGGAGAGCGCGGCGGAGAGCAGCAGCAGCAGCGCCGAGAAUGGCCAACAAAUCAUGGAUGAACCUAUGGGAGAAGAAGAGAUGAAUCCACAAUCAGAAGAAGGCAAUAUUAAAGAGAUUGCAAUAACAUAUCACGUCAAGGAAGGACAUGAAAAAGCAGACCCUUCACAAUUUGAACUCCUUAAAGUGCUAGGACAGGGGUCUUUUGGAAAGGUAUUCCUUGUAAAAAAAAUCUCAGGAUCAGAUGCAAGACAGCUGUAUGCAAUGAAGGUGCUAAAAAAAGCAACACUCAAGGUUCGCGAUCGUGUUCGGACAAAAAUGGAGCGUGACAUUUUAGUAGAGGUUAAUCAUCCCUUUAUUGUCAAGUUGCAUUACGCUUUUCAAACAGAAGGGAAACUAUACCUUAUUUUAGACUUUCUCAGAGGAGGAGACUUGUUUACACGCUUAUCCAAAGAGGUGAUGUUCACAGAAGAGGACGUCAAAUUCUACCUGGCUGAAUUAGCACUUGCUUUAGAUCAUCUGCAUAGUCUUGGAAUAAUAUACAGAGAUCUAAAACCAGAAAACAUAUUACUUGAUGAAGAAGGACAUAUUAAAUUGACAGAUUUUGGUUUAAGCAAGGAGUCUAUUGAUCACGAGAAAAAAGCGUAUUCCUUCUGUGGAACAGUAGAAUAUAUGGCUCCGGAAGUGGUUAAUCGGCGGGGGCAUACACAGAGUGCAGACUGGUGGUCUUUUGGAGUGUUAAUGUUUGAAAUGCUCACUGGUACUCUACCUUUCCAAGGGAAAGACAGAAAAGAAACCAUGACACUGAUUCUCAAAGCCAAACUUGGAAUGCCUCAGUUUUUAAGUCCAGAAGCUCAGAGUCUUCUCCGAAUGCUUUUCAAGAGAAACCCUGCAAACAGAUUAGGUGCAGGUCCUGAUGGAGUUGAGGAAAUUAAGAGGCAUCCAUUUUUCUCCACAAUAGACUGGAAUAAAUUGUACAGAAGAGAAAUUAAUCCACCAUUUAAACCAGCAACUGGUAGACCUGAAGACACAUUUUAUUUUGAUCCUGAAUUUACAGCAAAAACUCCAAAAGAUUCACCUGGUAUUCCACCUAGUGCUAAUGCUCACCAACUUUUUCGGGGCUUCAGUUUUGUAGCUAUUGCAACCGAUGAUGAAAGUCAAGCAAUGCAGACAUCUGUUGGGCACUCGAUUGUUCAGCAGUUACACAGGAACAGCAUUCAGUUUACUGAUGGAUAUGAAGUCAAACAAGAUAUAGGAGUUGGCUCCUAUUCGGUGUGCAAGAGAUGUAUACAUAAAGCAACAAAUAUGGAAUAUGCAGUAAAGAUAAUAGACAAGAGUAAAAGAGAUCCCACAGAAGAAAUAGAAAUCCUACUACGAUACGGACAGCAUCCAAAUAUUAUUACUCUCAAAGAUGUGUACGAUGAUGGGAAAUGUGUGUACCUGGUAACAGAACUUAUGAAAGGAGGAGAGCUGUUGGACAAAAUCCUUAGGCAAAAAUUUUUUUCAGAAAGAGAAGCCAGUGCUGUUCUACUGACAAUAACAAAAACUGUUGAAUAUCUUCAUGCACAAGGAGUUGUACACAGAGACUUGAAACCUAGCAACAUCCUUUAUGUUGAUGAAUCUGGCAAUCCGGAAUCUAUUCGAAUUUGUGACUUUGGCUUUGCAAAGCAGCUGAGAGCAGAAAAUGGCCUUCUAAUGACUCCUUGUUACACAGCAAAUUUUGUUGCUCCUGAGGUUUUAAAAAGGCAAGGCUAUGAUGCUGCAUGUGACAUAUGGAGUCUUGGUGUUCUGCUUUAUACAAUGCUGACUGGCUACACUCCAUUUGCAAAUGGUCCUGAUGAUACUCCAGAAGAAAUUUUGGCACGAAUAGGCAGUGGAAAGUUCUCUCUCAGUGGUGGAUACUGGAAUUCUGUUUCAGAUACAGCAAAGGACUUGGUUUCAAAAAUGCUUCAUGUUGACCCUCAUCAGAGGUUGACUGCUGCCCAGGUCUUGAGACAUCCAUGGAUUGUCCACUGUGACCAGUUGCCUCAGUUCCAGCUAAACAGGCAAGAUGCUCCACAUCUUGUGAAGGGUGCCAUGGCUGCUACAUACUCAGCAUUGAACCGCAAUCAGUCGCCAGUUUUAGAGCCAGUGGGCCGUUCUACCCUUGCUCAGCGAAGAGGAGUCAAAAAAAUUACCUCAACUGCCCUGUGAAGUGACCUUAGUUGAAAAAUGUGGUACCAUAAUACGAUGAUAGCACAAAUCAUGGCAACAGGUAGCACAUAUCCAAGAUACCUGCAAGCACACUGUUCCAGCUGGUACCUAUUAUGCUGCUGCUCCUGCUUUCAUCUGUUCUUGCUUUAAACUAUCAGUGGCAAAAUAUUGCCCUUCAGAUGGAAUAUAAAGUGGAAUCAAUGGGAAAUGAACUAUUCAUGGAGAUAGUAGAAUUCCAUACACCCGUCACAUUAAAUACACUGAAUGAAGCACUCUCUCCCCAUACAGCAUUAUUUUUAUAGGGAAUAUUUUUACUCCCUUUAAAAUAUUCUUCGUUACAUGUAUGGAUGGACAGUUUAUGUUAAGCACUUAGCUUAAACAGUAUGUUUAUAUUAGCACUGUAUUAUUUGUGCCAUCCAGCAUUUUAUAUGUUUUUAUAAACUUUUCAUAAGCAGUACAUUUCUGUACUGUUUCCUUUUACAUGCCUUCUAUUUAGACUAAUUGAAUUUGACAAUUACGUUUGAUUAAAUGGUUAAUCAAUAUGGUUAACAUCUCUAAAGCAGCUUGACUGUUAAACAGCUAUUGAAUGUAAUUCUGUGAAUGUGUUUUGUGUAUGUCUCUCCACAGACAUAUGGGUUAGAAGUCAUGGGAAUCCAGAGCUGUUGACGGAUUUAAUGGCACAUUAGGUUUCUCACCAUCAGACAUGUGGAAUUGAAUCUGUAUUGACAUGAAAAAGCAACUGUGUAUCUCCAGUGUGCAUGUCCUUUUUGUGGACAUUGGACACCAUGGCAAAAUAGUUUAACCAGUUUUGUUGUGUUUAGUUGUAAUUGGUCAUCUAAAACCCAAAGCUUUGCUGCUUCAAGAGUGGGGAUAACUCUUUCACAGAGCAAAACUGAAAUAGGGUGGGAAAUGGAACAUUUAAAGCUAAAGCAGUGCAUUAUCUAUUAAUGAGCAUGCCAGCAAAAGAAAAAAAAAAGUCAGGAAAUUGCAAUUAGGAGGUUGGCUGAACUUGGGCUAUUUUCAGCUUGCAAUCCAAAGCAGAAUGGCAUUUGAGUUGAAUGGGGAUGUGCCCAGUGUCUUCAGCCUUUCCUAGUGGCUCUGCUAUUAGCCUUGGACUUUUGGUCAUUGCUAGUCAAUCAGCUGGCCAGCUAAGGCUACAAACCUAACCACACGUAACUAAUGACUAAGCCUGAAGACCACAGUGGAGCCUGGACUUUGUUUUUAUUAUUUUAAUGAGAAAGUGGGGAAAGGUCUGUGUUCCCAGCUUGUUUGAAUUGUCUUGGAGUACUUGUUUUCUGGGAAAUAUUGAAGUUGUAUUUACUAAAAAGUUUGAUAUGUUGAAGUACAGCAUAAUUUUGACGGAUCAUCCCAGAGUUCUGCCAAAGAUUUUUUUUUAUUUAAUAGCAAUGUUACUGAGUUUUGAAAACAAUUUAGUCCUAAUUCAGUGUGUUAAACAAAAUAGCAGCAAGAUAGGCAGUGAGUAGUAGUUUUCUUGGGUCUUACAAAUGCUUACCUUUUCUAAGGUCACUCAGCCCCAUAUAGUAUUCUUAGUCUUCCUCUUGUAGUAACUUCUAGUGCUUUGCAUCAUGCCUUGCCUUACAAACUCAUGCAAUUCCUUUGGUUUUGUUGUUUCAGGUUAUUUUAUUUUUUAUUUAUAAAUAGUAUUUCGAAAGCAUGCUUUUUCUUUCCUUCCACAUCAGACUAGUCUGCAAAUCAAGCCUGUGCUUAGAAGCUGCUAAUCUAGCCACCCAGAGGCCUUUAAUUUACUAUCUCUUUAUUUGUUGUAUUUUGAAAUCCAGUUUUCUUCUGUUAUGUUUGGAAAUCUUUUUAAUAAUUAGACAAGUUGCCAGCAAUUAUCUUUGCAGCAACAAAUCCAAAAUUUCUCAUCCCCUCUGUCCUCAAUCUCAUAGUUAAAGAGACAAUUGUUCCUCAAUGACAUUUCAUAUAGAUGUGGUAGAACUAAAAUAUCUGGGCAGUGAACAUCCCUUAUUCUUCAUUCAUGUGAUUUGGAGUGUUCUGUGCAAAGAAUGAGCCAGCUACCUUUUCUAGUUGGGUUUCCUGAAUAUUGUUUCUGACGCAUUGAUCUAAUAUUGUGGAUUCAGAGUAUCAGCAUAGGAAUUGGUGCUGGGGGGCUGCAGGGGGAAUCGGCAGAAAUCUCCCUGUCCUCCUGUGUAAGCCUCUGCUGUUUCUCAGACCCCUUUUUAAGUGGAAAGGCAAUACUGGACCCAAACAUCUUAUGCUUCUUUUACUCUAUUUUUAAUCAGAUAUUUUCAAUAGGCUGCUAUUUUAGCUCUGUGGUCCUUCGUGUAUUUCAUUCUUAACUAGAGUAGUCCUCAACUACUAGUUGAUCAGCACAAUAAUACCUCUGAAGCACUUACGACGCAAUUCAUAACAGUUUAAUCAGACAUUCCAUUUGUGUCUCUGGACUUGUGAAGAGACAAGCUAAGAAAACUCAGCAUUUUUUAAAAAAUACUCCCUGUUUCCCACAAAUAACUUAAAUCAACUCAAAGGAAGGAAGCAUAUCAUUUCCAUGGUCAAGCUUAUUCAAUCUUGUCAUAGAUGGGCUAGCUUAAGUUGUAACAUAGCUAUCAUAUCUUAAAUUUCAUAAGGAUGCUAAAAUGCUUGCAGCUAUUAGCUAAAAUCCAGUAUUUUGGCAAAUCAUUUAAAAAUAAUUCAAUAGCAACGUAAGAGAUAUCAAUAAUGGUAUAGGGCCUUGUUCUCCUUGUCAUUAACGAACAGUUGCCUUGGGAAACUGAACUGAUUUCUUGCAAUAACUUGGGCUUUCUACCUGUGAUCUCAAAUUAGUUAACACAUUUCACGAACCUGUAGGAAACUGUUCUAGUCUCGUGCAAAGGAAGACCUCUUUCAGGGAUUGCUUUGUCAUUGAGGGUUUCUUUAUCAGAUGCUUUAAAGAUGCUUGUCUUUUUGCAUUUGCGUUAGAUCUAUUCAUAAGUCAUCAUUUUGCUUUGGUAGCUUUGCUCUUGAGAAAGAGGCACGUCUUAAUUUAAAUCAUUCCCUUAAUGUUAUGUUUACAAAAUAACUUUGCACAGUUGGAUUCAAUUAUAUCCAGUCUUGCAUUGUUCGCUUGGGCUUUGCGACAUCCAGCUUCUCAUCCGGGGCCACUCAGGCUGCAACCCCAUUUACUAGAAAGUAAGCCCUGAUCAAUAUAAUAGGAUUUAUUUAUGAGUAAAUAUGCAACAGAAUUGCACUGUAAAUCUUAAAAUGUUACUGUUGAGUGAAAACUCACCUGACCCUAGAAAAAUGUGAACUACUUUAGGCUAGUGUUCGUUACUAUGUCUCCCUAGAGUGAAAUUCAGUUGUUCAUCCUAGCAUUGCUGCUCCAGCAGAACUUUUCCACUAAUGAAGGAAGAACAAUGGGGAUUAUUUGUUGAUUUCCCGCUCCUCCUCUUCUCCAGAACUAAUUUUCAGGGGCACUGAGGGCCAUAGGCAGGACAGGGAAUCCCAAAAAAUACCUCCCCUCUUCCUCUGUUAGCAGGUGCCACCUGCCGGAUCACAGUCCUUGCGCCUUGUGUAGGGGCAGCAAUUAGUUAGUCCCUAGUUACUAACUUACACCCUUUUUCUUAUACAAGCACUCCUUCCUCUACCUAAACUCUGCUUUAUAACAAGUUAGCUUUCUGGACAACACUCUACAGCAAUAAUGUUGGCUUGUUUCAAACACGACACAUCCAUAUCCAAAUCCAGAUUUUUUUUACUGUCUACAUUCAGCUUUUCUUUGCUGUGUAGUAAUGUAUUCAUAUGGGAAUGGGAAAUGGUUUCAGUGUUGCACUGACUGUCUCAUACUCACAGGAGAAUCAGGAUCCUGCAAAAAAGAUGUAUAGGUGCACAUGAUUCAGAAGAUAAGUUGUACUGCUUCAAUUCUGGCUUUUUCUGAAUACUUCAGGCAGUGAUCAGGGAGGCUCAUUUUCAUUUUCUGUAAAGAAGUCCCUCAACUAACGGAAACAUAUUUAAAUUUAACCAUUGAUUUGGUUGGCCUUAUUUUACACGUGGAUAUGCUCACCCCAGCUCAGUUAUAUGCUAGAAACUAUUUAACACCAAGUAAUUUUACAGUUCCUCUAGUGCUCACAAACCUGUCCCCUUUAGCGCUAUUUCUUAGUAGGCUGAUUUCUUAAAAGAUUUUAAACCAAAGGAUAAAAUUUGCAACUACUGUAAAAUAUAACUGCAAACUCAUGUUACUUUUUAUAUCAGAGAGGAACCACCAGUCUACUGCUGUUGCUUUCUGUCUGUUGCUUAAAAUAUUGGUAUCAACAGUGCAGUUAUCACUGAAGCCCCCCAAAUAUUCAAGAAAUCAUGCGUUUACUAAAUUUGAUUGAAUUAUCAAACUAGUUGCUUUAAAGUAGAUUCUUUGAUGGAUGGCAAAAGGCAAACUCAUUUAAAGUGUUUAGGACUGUUGACUUACCCAAGAGUUUUGGAGGGUAAGUUUGAAAAAAUUUAUUCACAAUAAAAUAGCCCAACUCAGUCCUUUAAUCCUUUCAGUGAUGAUCACCUGCAUAGUCACUUGGUUAGAACAUGGUGCUGAAAAACCCUUUCACUGGUCUUCACUUGCUCACAUUUUCCCUUCCACAAAGUUAAUAUUCCCUGUGUAUUCAUAACUGUGGUAAGAGAAAUAAAUAUGCCUACUUAGAUUCAGAAUUGGCACCUUUGAAACCACUUUAAAAUGUCAGGACCCUUAAGACACUCAUAUGAAUGUAAGGAAGUUACAUUUUCAUUACUCUCAAUAUAUAAACUGGAUAUUCUGAAUUUAUUGCUACGCGAUAGAGAGGUGGCAAUAAUUUGUCAGCUUAAUUUAUAGCUCUGGUAAUAUGAAGCAGCUUUCCAAGGCCCAACAAGCCACCCUGUGACAAGAUGUCAAACCGCAGGAUUUUCCUCAAAUACGCACUGUACUGGUUUUAUGACAUCUCAAAAGUACUCUUUACUGUAUUUUCUUUUCCCUACAAGUAUGAUAUGGAAAGAAAGAAAGGGCUUGAGAACUGCAGUUGGAUGUCCAGCAAAACAAAAUAAAUUAGUAGUUAUGUUCUCAAUAUCCGAGCAGGAGAAAACUGAGAUUUCUUACAAUCAUUCUUGUUAGAUUAGCUGUCUGUCAAGACCAAGCAAGCAAAGUAUUUAAAAUUGAUUUUUAAAUACAGAAUCAGGGCAUAAGGAAAUAAUUGUAUGUAGUUUUGUUGUAGUAAAUGUAGUAGAUGAACUGAAGCAUUGCUUUUCUGGUAAUGGAAAGGAAGGCUUUUGUUCAGAGGCAUGUGAAUCCUUGGUAAGCAGUAAUGAAUGGCUUUUAACUCAUGAAAGUGAUGUAUAUGAUUAGCUUUAUCUUUAUACUUCUGACCUAGGGAAAGUGCACUCAUGAGGGAUGUAAUUAUUUUAACAGUUUUAGUGAAGGGAGGGGGAAUCUACAUAAGAAAUUUUUUUUAAUAUCAGAAAAUAUUUUUCUACAGUUAUGUACAAUCAUUCUUUAUAUUGACUUCUUCAGCAUGGCAUGCAAGUCUAAGGUACAACAAAAGGACCUGGCUGUAUUGUACCUUUAGAGUAGAAAAUUAAAAUAGCAUCUGUUGGAUGCUUUUGUUAGCAUCAUAGAACUGAAGUGCUGAUAAGGAGACUAAAGGACUGAUAACUUCUGAUGGUUUUAUUGAGAGCUAUGUAUGUUUCCAAAAAAUACUGUAUAUGUGUAAUCGGAAAUGUUCCAGAUAUAACCACAGAUGAGCCUUGAAAGAUAGAUACAAUUGCUUGUAUCCUUGUCAAAGGGCAGGUUUUGUAGUCUUCAAAAGAAAUUGAAUUUAUACAGCAAAUAAACUUUCAAAGAUAUA